AUGGCUUCUGAUAGUCUAUUCUCAGAUAGACCAAGGAAGAUCAUAAUUACACUCACACCUUCAUUUUUCUUUAAUCAUCCACUCACUGUUCUGGGCAACAAAAUCUCCGUUUUAAGAUUCCAAAGAUCACUUUGUGAUCCUCAUUCCACCAGUAAUGGGUUUCUGAGGGAAUUAGAUACUGCCGCAGUCGGAGCCUUCCCCGUCGCAUAUAGUUUAUUCUUUGUGAAGGAUUUGGCAGUUUCAAUUUAUAAAUCUGAAGGAAUUCUAGGUUUUUUUAAAUGUUUGCCCGAGUAUAUCGCAUAUCAUUUAACAAAGGAUUUAUUAAGAUACUUGGUUCCUAACUUUUUUUUACCCAUUUUGCCCAAAGUUCUGGGUCCUCUCCCUAGUAAAAUAAAAUUAUAUAACAUUUUGGAUACACAUAACCAUAUUAGAUUUCGUUAUGAAGGAUUUUUGGAAAAGAAUAGUCAAACUACAACAACCAAGUUUUUUGACUUUUACAUAAAUCAAGUCGAAUCUGAAUUAAACAAGAUAGUAACAUCAUUAAUUGUUGAAUUAAUAACAUACCCUGCUCUUACAAUAAUUUCUCGAAUGAUAAUCUAUGACGGAUACGGCCCAGUCUCUUUUCAUGUAUUAUUUAAACACACACUAAGUGUGGACGGCAUUUUAUCUCUCUACCGAGGAUUUUCUUACCAUCUUCUAUCAAACAUAAUAAAAUAUAUAAUCAAGCACUUUAAUAGGUUUGUUCAAAGAACUUUGAUAUCCGACUUUUACUUAAGUCCAAUGUUUGAACAAUCAUUUCCUGUUGUAUUAUCAAUUACGCAGUCAGUUUUGAAUCAAUUUUCAUUAAUCAGAAGAUGCGGGUCAAAGAUUGAUGGGUUUUGUAUAGAAGAAAGCUCAAUAAACAUAUUUAGGCAGAUGCCCUGGGUAAGCAUUUUCACGCAGAUGGUAGUAACGAUAGGACUACUACACAUAAGAGAUAAACUUGUAACAACUCAAAUACAUGAGUUUAACUCACAAUUUAAUGAGUAA